AUGGAAGGGGAGAAUCUAGAAGAACAAACAGGCAGGGAGAAGAGUUGCAUAUUUCCCCUAUUGAAGUUGCAUACUCUUUUAAGGUUAAAGGUUUCCUGCUACUAUGUGGUCAACAUCACUCGCACAUUGGCCUUCCUGACCAGGCUGCGUGACAACGAGCCUUUUGCAGAGACUGGGACUGGUCGACUAAUGGUCAGAAUGAGACUCGCUCAGGACGCCUCGUAUAACACGUUCCACCAGGAGGAGGACUAUCCAGUGGUGAGGUACCUGAGACAGCCUCUGCACUUUGAGGUGGAGCUGACCAGGUCCUCUGACCCCAAGGUAGCGCUGGUGCUUGACCACUGCUGGGCCACCCUCAACGAGGACCGCGGCUCCCGACCCCGUUGGAAUCUCAUCAUUAAUGGGUAACUUGUUGUUUUAGGGCCUAAACAAGUGUUAUUCCACAGGUGUGGUUCCUGAGUAAUUAGCAACCUAUCAUACUUGGCAGGCCAUUUAUUUUGGCUACCGUGGCUAUGCCCCCAUCCAUAGGUCAUGAGUGGUCACAAUGGUUUGAGCUUAAAAAAAGAUGUGAGCCAUGUGCGGUCUGUCACCAGAUCUACACCCAAUUUAACACUUAUGGGAGAUUCUGAUCACAUGCUUGUUAUCACUGAGUGGUCCCUGCAGCGUACCAUUGGAACAUGUAAAUCUAGUUUAGAAAAUAUAAAAUAACUCCCUAAUCCCAGAAUGCCAUUCACUGCGCCCGUUUCCUGAGGUCUUAACUUAGUUUGGCCACUUCAGCAUGUGGCAAAUCUUUGUACUUGUUACGGCGUACACAUGACAAGUAGUUUACAGUUAACUAAUCAAAAAUCCAAUACAACCGUAGCACGAAAGCUAAACAGAGUUGCAAGAUAUAGGUCAAUCCAUUUUGGGAGGUGAAGUCCUUGGGGGAAGGUAUUAUGGAGAGGAUGAUGCAGGAAAUAUUACUAAGAUGGGCGAUUUAUGAACAAUA